AUGGCUCUUCAGUUAACUGGGAAACGCAGCAGCGGUCGUUUCGCAGUUGAAGAAGGGGGAAAUGCUAGAUUAUACGAGGGUGCGCGAUGCGCAUGCACAUUCUGCAUAUCACAGCUUAACGAAGGACGUUCAAGUGUUGUAACAGAGGAGGAUUUAAAGCAUCUAUGGCAAAAUGUUGAGAUGAGGGACGUAGGGCCUAGCCGAAGAUAUAUGAUGGAUCGUUCUACCCCAAAUGUGAGGUACCAAGCAAUGCGGAGAGAUCCAAAGGCAGGAUUUUUCUCCUCUAUUUGUUUAACAAUAUCGCAGCAAAACUGUCUUCGAGCUGAGGAUGCUACUUCAAAGAGGGAGAGGGCCUUAUUUUGGGAUGAUGAGUUUCGGCCAAAGUGGAAUGACAUGCUUGCAUUUUCUGCAACCAUAGAAGAGUGUCUUACUUUUCCAUUCUUUUGCGGUGACAGAGAAUACAUAAUAGGUCGACGGAUAGGGGAAUUGGAUGGGUCUUUCAAUUGUGUGACAAAGGGUACUUUGCUUCUGUGUAGAGUAGCAGUUGCACUUGUAUUUGUAUCUUAUCCGGAAAGCUAG